AUGGACAUUUUGCAAAGGGAGGAAAAGUACCCUGUUGCUAUCAAGGUUAGCCCUAUUCUUGGGGUGGAAGUGUCUGGUAUUGUUGAGAGCGUUGGCAAAGAUGUCAAAGGAUUCAAAGUUGGCGAGGCAGUAUUUGGUCUCAUGUCUGGAGGUGCCUAUGCAGAGUUUGCUGUUCUCCAAGAGGCUUUGACAAUGCACAAACCAGAUGCUCUUUCAUUUGAAGAAGCUGCUGCUAUCCCAGAAACAUGGUUCACCGCUUAUCAGGCACUGUUCUUGGUUGGUGAGAUGAAAAAGGGCCAUGAUGUUCUCAUCCACGCUGGUGCUUCUGGUGUAGGCACUGCUGCUAUUCAAUUGGCAAAAGAGGCUGGAGCCAUUGGUGCUACCAUGGCCAUCAAUUACAGAACGCAAGGCUGGUCUAAAGUUAUUCUGCAAAAAACAGAUAAUAAGGGUGUCGAUCUCUUGAUAGAUGUCAUCGGCAAGGACUACUGGAAGAAGAACAUGGAGGCUUUGGGAGUAGACGGUCAUAUGGUUUUCCUGGAUUUCAUGACAGGUAGCAACAUUGAGGAUUUUGACAUAUCAGUAUUGCCUCGCAAGAGAUUAAGAAUUGAAGGCUUUAAUCUUCGUGCUCGCUCUUUGGAGUAUCAACGUCGUCUACGUGAUGAGGCCUACCAACAUGCCGUGUUGAAUCAUUUUGCCAAACACGAUGGUGCCCUCAGAGUCAUUGUGGAUAAAGUAUUCAGCUGGGAGGACAUCAGCGAUGCCCACAGAUACCUUGAAAGCAAUCAAUCCAUGGGCAAGAUCGUCGUCAAGGUCACUAGCAAUCAGUAG